AUGGAGUCUGCGUCUUCACCACUCCGCUACCGAAAGAACGGUCGGCUUCAAGCAUGCGACCCCUGUCGCCGUCGCAAAGUCGCAUGCGAUCACGCUCGCCCGAUGCGGCCAGGAGCUCCUCAUGCUGUCUCGGAACGGACGUCUGGUUCAGCAAGUGUAACGUGCUCGGAGACGGGCGCCGAACAUAGUGAGCGGCAAUAUCAGCCUGCAACAGCGUCCACUCUAGUUGACCAGCAGUCUGAAAUUAGCCCUGUUGUGACGGAAACGGAGACACAGGGGCAGUGUGCUCCGGGUCGCGAGGCCGUUGCGCCGGAGAGCGUAUCCGGCCACCUCGGCUUCAUGUCCUGGAGCGACGUGUAUAAGGAAGUUGGCAACGGGCUCUCCGGCCACGACGCACACGCCGAGAAGGAGGUCCGAUCCACUUCCACCACCGGCCGGGAAGCCAGGUCGACCAUUGUUCUCUCCGAAGAUGCCAGGACGCUGGAGACGUGCCUCUUCAUUCUCCGUUUGGUCCCCGACGAACGCCAGGGCCGGGCGCUCUUUGACUCACACUUUGACCCGCACAAUGCCUUCAUCCACCCCGUCGCCGUGCGGGCCCUGGACUCGCUGUAUGGUACUUUCGGACACUAUCUCAGUAACACGACCCGGGACGAUGCGCAGCUGUCCGAAUUCGCGCGGCGGCUGUGCUAUAACUCGUCCCGGCCGUUCUUCGAGCACGAGCCUGAUCCCGAUUUAUGGAUGGCCCAGUUUACGAAGGAGAACUUAAGGUGGGAGACGCUGGGGCUUUUAUUCAUUUAUUGGGAGAUGAAGCUUCGAAAUGAGCAGCUUCCGAGGACGGAGGUUGGAAAAAUGGGGUACGGGCAGAAGAAUGUUUUCAGGAAGUGUAUCUUUGACUGCAUUACUUUGGCAAGGCAGGCUAAUGAGGUUGGAAACACGCUAUUGCUAUAUCUUUACUUCAGACGGAUGAUUAUUGAGUCUGUCGUUGAUGGAGAUACUAGUCGCUCAACAUGGAUGACAAAAGGGGAGACGGUCUCACUCCUCACCUUCCUCGGCCUGCACGUCGAACAGAACAAGGGGCCCUAUAAACCGACCCUGGCAACCGAGCUGCGGAGACGACUCCUCGUGAAGAUUUUCGUCCUCGACAAGGUCGGCUCGGCGAUCACGGGGCGACCGCCCGCCCUGAGUCGCCGGUACAUCCUGACGCCAAUGCCGCUCGAUAUACGGGACGAGUACCUGCUAUGCGACGACGAGACAAUUAACAAGGCUGUGAGAUCGCUAGACAAGUCGGGGUGGAACCCCGACGGGGCGCUGAACUCGGUCACGUUCUGGCGAGCUCGGUAUAAGCUCAUGAUCAUCCGUGACGAGAUCUUUGAGGUUGCGUUAGGACCUGAAGCGGCUAUAUCGGUGGAAGUUCUGCUUGCUUUGAAAGCGAAAGAGUUCGCGGCCGCGCCCGAGAUGCCGGCCAUCAUGCGGUUCCAAGAAUCCGACAUACGAAAUCCGAGUCUCACUGGACAGAUGUUCCACGUGCGGCUGCUCAUGCAAUUGGAGCACUUGCAGAACCUCUUCUUCAUCGAGCGACUUCUACAUCGGCAGGACUGCUCCAACAAGCGGGAUUUGCUGUCGGUCAGCUAUGAGAUGACAGCGACAACGUUGCUGUUAUGGACUGACACGCAUAGUCUCGGUGUCUUGUGUGAGGAUUUUAAGUGGCUUGUCAUGGCAUACGCCGCUCCAGGAGGCGGAAUUCUCUGCCUAGAGCUACUGAAGCCAACCUUGACUCUCGCAAACAGCGGAGUUCCUGUCACAGACAGCAACGGAAAGGUCAUCACCAGAUCUGGCAUUGUGCAGGUGCUGAGUCUCCUAGUCGGCUUCCUCAAGUGGGUGAGCCCGUCUGAGGCCUCGGGCAGCAUUUGCGCGAGCACCAUGGCCAUUGUGCAGCAGGUGCUGGAUGAGGCGCUCAACGGGGCACCGAACAGCCAUCCGUCUGGCGAUGCCAUGGAGUGGGACUUCUCGGCCCAGUUAGAUUUCAAUUUUGAUCUCUUGGACACUUAUGAAUGGAUGCGACCGGAGUUCUCGUGGAGCGACUUGCAGGUAUAGAGUUGGUGUGAGUUAGAGGCUGGUAUCUAGAGUUGUUGAUCUGGUCUUGCAAGAGUGUCUCGGUUAGUCAACCACAAACAGGAUCUCAAGCCAUUUCUGAAGUCAUUUCAACAAGAACAAG